UCAUACGCUACGUAUCCCGCGCAUUUUAUUCAUUUGUGAAUAAGUCCUAAUACAUGUAUAGGAACUAAUGUUGAUAAACACAUGAUUUUGUUUACCUGUUUUUUUGUUUUUUUUUAUUGUCAAACAAAAUACAAUUGUUUUGACUGUAGUUGGAAUAGGAAAAACGUAAAGACACCAUAACAACGGACAAAAUGCUUCGCGGAUACGAGAGCGUGAGAUUUAUUUCGGACAAACAAAUGGUGGUUCUCGAUAUUGGCAGUGCGUACACAAAGUUUGGCUACGCGGGUGAAGUGUCUCCACGUGGUAUCAUACGAACGGAAGUGAGAUGUCCAGAAUCAAAGCAGAUACGCAGAAUCAUUGACUAUAAGGAUCUUGACGAUUUGUAUCAACUUCUUGUGGAAUUUAUUCAUCUAAUGUUUUUCAGGUAUGUUGUCAUAAGUCCAAAAGAUGCAAGAAUACUGCUUUUGGAAUCUCCAUUGGCAGUGACAUCAUUCAGGGAUACUUUCGCAAAAGUGAUGUUCAGACACUUUGAAGUUGGUUUGAUACUGUUUCUGCCAAGUCAUUUAGCAACGAUCAGUACUCUUGGUAUUGAUACAGCUUUGGUAUUGGAUGUGGGAUAUCAAGAAGCAACUCUAAUUCCAAUCUUUGAAGGAAUACCGAUACUCAAAGCUUGGCAAGCAUUGCCUUUAGCCGGACAGAUAGUGCACGAAAACUUAAGAAAGUACUUCAACAACAUAUCAAAGGAUAUAGAUUUGUCUGAGGAAGUGCUGGAAGACAUCAAAGUAAGAACAUGUUUUGUAACUACAUUGGAAAGAUCUACAAAACUAGGAACAAAAAGUGCUCCCACUCAUCCUCCUGACGUUGUGCAUCUUGGUGUCAAGAGAUUUUUAAUACCUGGAGAAAUAAGGGAAAAAGCAUUUGAAAUAUUAUGGGAAAGAGAUAAUGAUAAUCUCUCUCUAUCAACUAUGAUAUUGGAUGCUAUUGUCAAGUGCCCGUUGGACACGAGGCGAGUGUUAGCCGAAAAUAUAGUACUGGUUGGAGGAACUACCAUGACCAAGGGUUUUGCGAGCCGUUUAAAAUCAGAGUUACUGGAAUUGGUCAAAAGUGAUUUGUAUAACGAAAAGUUAAAGGUGCAGUCGUUCAAAUUUCAUACAGCACCUAGCAAACCGAAUUACACAGUAUGGCUGGGUGGUGCUAUUUUCGGUACGACAGAUUUAUUAAUGCGAUGUGUAACAAAGGAAAUGUAUUUAAAAACAAAUCGAGUUCCUGAUUGGUCCAAUUUAAUAGAUAAUCAGUAGGAUGAAUCUUACGAGUUAUAAACGACUUCAUGUUUUGAGAUUCAAAGAGAUAAUCUAUAGAAAUUAAAUAGGGAAAGAAAUUUAUAUUUAUUCCUAAUAUAAUUGUAAUUACGUAUUUGUAAACAAUUAGAUAUUGUGUAUAUAAUUUGUGUAAUCGAAUUGUUGGAAACAAG